AUGGCCGAAGGUGCCAGCUCAGGCGGUGAUGGCGAGACCGCACAGGCCAUCAACCCCUUCCUUGAAAACCAGCUGCUCUCCAACUAUCUCUACUACAUUCUUGCCAUCAUGGCAGCCUUGGUCAUCACCCACAAAGUAUACAUCACACUCGUCAGAUACGUCCGGACAGUCUCGUCACUGAACAACAGCACCCAAUCCUACUUCGCCAAGGAGUCAUGGGGACAUGCCUUCUUCAAGAGGUCCUUGCAGUAUGCCCCCGUUCUGCACAAGAGACACAAUCGCGAGUUCCAGAUCAGCUCCGCCAUCAACAUGGGCACCCUUCCCACUCGGCUUCAGCUCUUCGGUCUGCUUGGAUAUUUCGCCACCAACGUGGCCUUCUGCUGCGUCGACAUCUCAUUUCAGGGCAACUUCGAGAGCUGGACGAAGAUGUUCCUCUACCGAACCGGCGUUCUGGCCGUUGUCAACAUGAUUCCUCUCUGGCUUAUGGCUGCGCGCAACAACCCUCUGCUUUCGUGGCUGGGCAUGUCUUUCGACACCUUCAACCUGCUGCACCGAUGGCUGGGCCGUAUCGUGGUUCUCGAAGCGCUGGCUCACACCAUUUGUUGGAUGGCCUCCAAAGGGAAGCCCUUCUCCGUGGUCAUAGGCAUCACAGUGAAGAGUCCCUUCCUGAUGUUCGGUCUCAUCGGCACAAUCGCCUUUGUGUUCAUCUUCAUCCAGGCGUGCAGUGUUUCGAGGCACGCCUUCUACGAGACGUUCAAGAUUCUCCACAUCGCCGCUGCCGCUGUUGCCAUCGUCGGCGUAUGGUACCACCUCCAGAUCAAGGACUUGCCCCAGCUCAAGUACCUGUACGCUGUUGUCGCUCUUUGGUCCUUCGACCGUGCUGCUCGUCUGAUUCGCCUCGCGUACGCCAACAUUGGGUCAGGCGGCACCAAGACUCUCGUCGAGGCCCUGCCCGGCAAUGCUGUCCGCGUUACUGUCAAUAUGGCACGACCUUGGGCCUUCGCCCCUGGGCAGCAUGCGUACCUGUACUUCCCUAGCGUCAGCUUCUGGCAGUCGCACCCUUUCUCCGUCGCUUGGAGCGAGGAGACAGACUCGUAUGAUGGCGAGAAGCUGCCUAUGGACCGAAACGAUAUCCUCUCAAUGCGCAAGACCAGCAUGUCCUUCAUCAUCCGAGGUCGAACAGGCGCUACUGGCUCUCUGUACAAGAAGGCAGCCGCAUGCCCUGAUGGCAGAAUGGUGACGUCGUGUUUUGUGGAAGGCCCUUAUGGCGGCGACCACAAGCUGCAGUCGUACGGCACAGCCAUGCUUUUCGCAGGUGGAGUCGGCAUCACCCAGGCUGUGCCGCACGUGCGCGACCUGGUCGCCGGUUACAACAAUGGCACAGUUGCGGCUAGGAAGAUCGUGCUUGUCUGGAUCAUCCAGAGCCCCGAGCACCUGGAGUGGAUCCGCCCAUGGAUGACCGAGAUCUUGGCCAUGGAGCGCCGCCGUGAGUGCCUGCGCAUUAUGCUCUUUGUAUCCCGUCCUCGCUCCACCAAGGAGAUCCACUCCCCCAGCGCGACCGUGCAGAUGUUCCCGGGCCGUCCCAACAUCGAGCACUUGAUCGGCGCGGAGAUGGAGAACCAGGUCGGCGCCAUGGGUGUCACUGUCUGCGGACCCGGCGCGCUGAGCGACGAGGUGCGAUUAGCCGUGCGGAACCGCCAGUACAACGGCACCAUAGACUUCUGCGAAGAGGCCUUCAGCUGGUAG